AUGAAGAAACUUCAACACGAGAUACAACAUGCAGUGGGAGGAAUUAACAAAGAAGUUGAAGAGAAUGAAAUAGAGAAUAUGCCUUAUUUGGAUAUGGUUGUGAAAGAGACCUUAAGAUUAUACCCGGUUGCACCUUUGUUAGUGCCUCAUGUGUCUCGAAACGACGUCGUUAUUGAAGAUUAUUACAUAAAAAGAAAUACACAAAUCAUAAUAAACGCAUGGGCAAUUGGAAGGGAUCCAAGAGUUUGGUCAGAAAAUGCAGAGAAGUUCUAUCCAGAGAGAUUUGAACAUGAUAAUGUAGACAUUCAUGGUCGUGACUUUAGAUUCAUACCAUUUGGUUCUGGUCGAAGAGGGUGCCCUGGAGCUCAAUUGGGAUUUGCAACUAUCAAGUUUGUUGUGGCUCAGUUGGUGCAUUGCUUUAACUGGGAGCUUCCUUUUGGCAUGUCUUGUGAUGAAUUAGACAUGAAUGAAACAUUUGGCAUCACUAUAGCAAGAACUACACACUUGCUAGCUAUUCCAACUUUCAGGCUAACAGGUGAAGCUGCUAGUAACAAAGAAUAA